AUGAGGAUCCUGACAUCUGGCGAGCCCCCGCUGCUGCUCGCUGUCUCCGUCCACUCCGCCAUCCACCACGCCAUUGCCGCUGCUCGCCGCCAGUUCGCCCAUUCAAGCACGCAAGCAGGCCGUAGGGGCGGGGCCGAAGGGGACAGGUUUGUGCGGCUGGACUCGCCCGCCACCAUGCAUGUGGUGCAGUGUGCAUGCGGGUCGCACCUGGUGGAGGCGCAUCCGGAGUAG